GCAAGAAAAAUUCCAUUCUGCUGCACAAAGUCCAGCAUGACCUCAAUUCAGGUGUUUUCAACUACCAAGAGAAUGAGAUCAUCCAGCAGAUUGUGCAGCAUGACAGAGAGAUGGCACACUGUGCUCACAACGUCCAGGCUGCUGCCGCUGCUGCUGCCGCUGCCGCAUCCACACCCACCCCUGUCAUCUGGACUCCGCUGAUCCAGGCACCCCUGCAAGCUGCAGCAGCCACCACUUCUGUGGCUAUAGCUCUGACCCACCACCCACGCCUCCCGACAGCCAUCUUCCGUCCUCCGGUGUCUGUCCUGGGUUCCUUGGGACAGCAAUCCAAUCAGACUCCAAGACAGCUGAAAAGGCUUCAGUCCCUAAUCCCAUCGACUGGACCGUCUGCCGUUGGCUCUCCAUCCAGUACUCCGUCCCAGCUGCAUACACCAGGAGCAGAAACUCCUUCGUCCUCUUCCUUCCACAUCCAGCAGCUCGCAGGAUUCUCAGCUGCCGCCGGCUUAGGCCAGUUCCAGGUGGGAUCCCCUCCAGGUGGGUCAAGCCAGCCGGGUUUGAGCAGCAUGUCCUCAGUGGGACUGAGCCAGUUCCAACAAGCACCUUCUGGAUCACCCUUAGGUACCGCUCAGCCCACGCAACAGCAGCAGCCGCAGCAGCAGCCGGCCCUUUCCAGCAGUGGGUUUGGGCACUUCCAGCAAGCCACAACUAGCUCCCCAUCAACAUCACUCACUCAGCUCUCAUCAAACUCACCCCCCAGUCUUCUCAACCAGUUCCAGCCCACCACAAGACCACUGCAGGGGGGACAGUUACAGCAGCUCUCGGGCAGUGGGACUUUGGGGGGAAUGAAUCACUUCCAACCCCCUCCUUCUUCCAACUCUCCAUCGUCCAGCCUCAGCCAGCUGGCACAGGCCUCUGCCGGGCCGUCCUCAGGCCUGUGCCAAACACAUCCAAGUGCAUUAGGAUCUUUAACUGGAACGAUAGCCCAGCUUCACCAAGAACGGCCUCCUUUUGCCUCCAUGUCUCCACUCCAACAGUCUGGUGUCGCCUCUCCCUGUUAUACCCCUUCUGGCCUUAGUCCUCCUAGUCAGAGCCCAGUGGCAACGAGAACUUUUCAAUGUGGCCCUUCCGGGGCCUCAGGCUCUCACGGAUCUCUGCUCCUGCCUCAGACCGCCAGCCCACCUCCGCAGAUCCUGCAGUCCAAGAGUACGCCGCCUGUGCCGCCGGGACGUCUGAGCCAGGACAUCAAGUUGAUUUCUGCUUCCCAGCCAUCUUUGCCCCAAGAGCUGGCUCAGACACUGAGCCAAAGUUCUCCUCAUUCCUCUAGAGAAUCUGUUUCCAGCUUCUCUCCUUUUCCUGCCGGAGGGACUGGACUUCUUGGGAAGCCUUGUAGCUCAAUUCCUGGGCGUGUGACUUUACCGCGUCAGAUGUCCUCAGGUUCUUUACCACAUCCGCUGGUGUUUGGGGCCAGCGCUGCAGGCGCUGCUUCUCUGACUGCUGGUGGGCGGAAAGAAUCCAUAGUGCUCACAGGGGAUCUGGAACCUGUCAGAUCCAAACUGCCCUCCAAUUUGUGA